AAAUUUUUCAUCAUCAGUGUGAGUUAUUUCAGCGACAUUUUCGUGCAAUAUGGAGACUUUACAUAUCUACUUUGCAUGUGGAUUUGAAUCGACCAUCCAUCCUCCGCAACCUGCAGCUUACACCUGCAUACCUUCUAAAGACAGCGCGGAUGCAAAAAUAGAUCGACAUCGCGCCCUCCAAGAUGUCAAACCCUCACCUCCAGUCAAAAAAUGACACCCACGUGAUCAACAACAACAGCGACACAGAAGCAAACAAACCACACAAUGACGGCCACCAUGGACGUCCAAUUCUCGCCGAUAAACUGGCGCGGUCCCUCUCGGCCCGCCAAGUCCAAAUGAUAGCCAUCGGCGGCACAAUCGGCACAGGACUCUUCCUCGGCACCGGAAAAUCCCUCGCAACGGGUGGUCCAGCCUCCGUCCUCAUCGCAUACCUAAUCGUCGGUUUCAUCAUCAUGCUCACUAUGCUCUCGCUAGGCGAAAUGGCAGCGUACGUACCCAUAGCAGGUAGUUUCUGCACGUUUGCGGGGAGAUACGUAGAUGAUGGGUUGGGAUUCGCGUUAACGUGGAAUUAUUGGUUUAAUGAUGCGGUGAGCACGGCGGCGGAUUUGGUGGCUCUUCAGUUGGUUUGGGCGUAUUGGGGGGAUACGGGAUUACCGGGGUGGGGACUCGCGUUGAUAUUUUGGGUGCUUUUGGUGUUAGCUAAUAUUAUUACUGUGAAGGCUUAUGGGGAGGUGAGAUUUUACUCCGAUUUUAGAGGGUAUAGGAAGAGGCUGACGCGUGAUUAUUGUAGCUUGAGUAUUGGUUGAGUCUUUUGAAAGUUGUUACUAUAACGGUAGGUUUUUGCUUGUUUCUCCUAUGUUUUCAGGGUCUAGGCAUGUACUAAUCUCCUAAUAGAUCUUCAUAAUUCUUGGAAUUGUAGUAAAUUGUGGAGGUAGCACCUCUCACACAUAUCUCGGUGCACAUAAUUGGUACAUAGGUGAUGCACCAUUCGUAGGAGGAAUCGGUGGAUUUGCCUCCGUCUUCGUGACCGCAUCUUUUGCAUGUAAGUUUUAACCCUCCCCUCCCCAAAAACACAAAUCCUAAUCCGCUUCCAGACGGUGGCACAGAAUCAAUCGCUAUAACGGCAGGCGAAACCAAGAACCCGACGAAAAACCUCCCUCGCGUAGUAAAAAAUGUCUUCUGGCGUAUCCUCAUCUUCUACAUUCUUUCCGUUCUCCUAAUCGGUCUCAACAUUCCUUACAAUUACCCCAAUCUCUCUAGCAAAUCAACAGCCACUUCUCCCUUUACCCUCGUUUUCCAAAUGGUGGGCGCCAAGGCAGCGGGUUCUUUUAUGAACGCUGUAAUACUCACCUCUGUUAUUUCAGCUGGAAAUCAUGCUUUAUUCGCCGGUACCAGACUUUUAUACACUCUCUCCGUCGAUCGACACGCUCCUCAAUUCUUCGGUAAAUUAAACAGGAAUCGCGUCCCCUGGGUAGCAGUCCUAGCUACAAGUGCCAUUAGCGGACUCUGUUUCGGAGCGAGUUUUAUCGGUGCAGGUCAAUUGUGGAGUUGGUUGCAAAAUCUCGUGGGGGUGAGUAAUCAGUUAGCUUGGAUUGCUAUAGGUGUUACAUCGAUACGAUUUCGCGGCGCGUUAAAGGUUCAGGGAAAAACACAUCUUCUCCCGUUUAAAAAUUGGACGUAUCCGUGGGGACCAUGGAUUUGUAUCGUUUUGAAUGUGGUGAUUGUGCUGGUGCAGGGCUGGAGUUCAUUUAGUCCGAAGUUUAGCGCGGUUGAUUUUGUUAGUUAUUAUAUUGAGCUUCCGCUUAUGGCGAUCAUGUGGUUGGGCUGGAAGUGGCUGAAGAGGACGAAGGUGGUGAGUUAUGAGGAUAUGGAUUUAGAGACGGAUGUACAUGUUGUGGGGGAGGAAGAUGAAAAGGAAAGGGAAAGGGAGAGGUCAGCGAGGGGAAAGGUGGAGAGGAUAUUGAGAUGGAUUUUUUAAUGUUCGACUAAUAAUUGAUGGUUGGAUUCGUAGUUUUAGAUGGUAUUGGUGUUCUUUGUUAAGUCAACUGU